AUGCGCUUCCAAAGACUUGCGCUGGCCGGGCUCCUGUCGUCGUCUGCCUUGGCAGUUCCCAAGGUCAAGCGAGCCGGUGAUCCAUCCCAGCCAAUCAAUGACAGUGGCAAGGGAGCUGUUCUUUUGGGCGGUACCAACAAGCCCGUCGAUCUCCAGAAUCCGGACCAGCUCAGGACUCCCAGCACCGACAACGGCUUCGUGCCCAACGUGAAGUGGAGUUUCUCCCAGUCCCAGACGAGACUUUUCCCGGGUGGCUGGUCCCGAGAGCAAGUCAUCCAGGACCUGCCUCAGAGCCAUGAUAUUGCCGGUGCUCAGCAGCACCUGAAGAAGGGUGCUAUUCGGGAACUUCACUGGCACAGAGUGGCUGAAUGGGGCUUCGUCUACAACGGCUCUCUCCUCCUCACCGGUGUCGAUGAGAACGGUGGAUUCACGACUGAGAAGCUGAACACUGGAGACAUCUGGUACUUCCCAAAGGGUGUUGCGCACAAUGUUCAAGGUCUGGACGAGGAGAAUGAAUACCUUCUUGCCUUUGAUGAUGGCGAUUUUGAGAAGAUCGGAACCACCUUCAUGGUUGACGACUGGAUCACCCACACCCCCAAGGAUGUUCUUGCUAAGAACUUCGGUGUCUCCCCCGAUGUCUUCGACAAGGUCCCACCCAAGUUCCCUUACAUUCUCAACGGCACUGUGAGCGCCGACUUGAAGAAGGCUCCCGAGGGUACUCUCAAGGGCAACAGCUCGUACGUGUACCACACCUACGACCAUCCAUCGGAGCCGGUUCCCGGACACGGCGGAACCUUCCGUAAGAUCGACUCGACCAACUUCCCCAUCUCGAAAACCAUCGCUGCUGCCAUCGUUGAGCUUGAGCCGAAGGGCCUUCGUGAGCUCCACUGGCAUCCUAAUGCUGAGGAAUGGCUGUACUUCCACCAAGGUAAUGCUCGUGCCACUAUCUUCAUUGGUGACUCCAAGGCCCGUACCUUUGAUUUCACUGCAGGCGACACUGCAGUCUUCCCAGACAACAGCGUCAUCAUUUCUUUAGGACACUACAUCGAGAACACCAGCGAGACCGAAAAGCUGAUCUGGAUUGAGCUUUACAAGAGCGACCGUGUUGCCGAUAUCUCUUUGGCGCAAUGGCUCGCGCUGACACCCUCUGACACUGUCGCCAGGGUUCUCAAUGUUGACAUUGAAGUUGUCGAGCACAUCAAGAAGGAGAAGCAGCUGCUUCUUCCUUAA